GCUCACGGCCCCGUGAUCGCAGGUGUGAUCGGUGCCACCAAACCUCAGUACGACAUCUGGGGGGCAACGGUGAACAUGGCGAGCAGGAUGGAGAGCACAGGGGUCAGCGGCAGGAUUCAGGUCCCAGAAUCCACCAGCUGUAUUCUGGUGGAGCAAGGAUUCCUACGGCAACUCAGAGGGAACAUUUACGUCAAAGGCAUCAGCGAACGUCACGGCAAGGUUCGUACGUUUUUCGUGAGCAGUCAGGAGGAGCGGUCCAGCUUCAUGGAGCGCGGCAGUGGGCGGGGCUUCAGCCUGAACAGGAACACGCUGGGAGCCGUCGUCUUCAGCCUCGUUCAGGCCCGAAAGAGAGAGAAGCUGCGGGAAGAGAACGGAGGGUUUCACCUGGUGGAGGCGUCGUAGCGCAGAUGAUCGGAAAUCUGCUCCGCUCUGUUUAAAGGUGGGAACACGACAGGACGUCAAAGAAAAGGAAGGAUGCCAGGAAAGUGAAACAUGAGGAUUAGAAAUAUUAUUGAGUCGUGAAAGCAGCAGAGACGAAUUAACAGAAACUAAUCAAGUGGACAAAUAAACAUGGAGGAGGACGUGUUUGUUCACAGUCCAGGAUUUAACCUGGCUACGUGUCCAAGUCUACGUGGAGUUUCAGCUCUGGUUCAAUAAAAAAAUGUUUCUCAUAGUUACAAAGACUAUAAAG